UUUACAUAUUAUUAUUUUUUGUAAGGGGGCUUUUUAAAACAAUAUAUUUUAUUCAUGUUGUUUUGGAGGACGAGCUCACCAACCGGUCACGUGUUCGAGUCCCGCGGCUCGUCACCGAGGGAGGCCUCCAUCCCCCGAACGUUAGCCGAGUCUCCAGGAGUGUCGUCCCAGUUGAGACUGUGACGUCACCGGUCCUCGCCCCCCCCCCUCCUCCUCCACCCCACGCAGAGAGGUGCCAACAUAGAGACAGGAUGCCUGCUCCACCCCCUCCCCCUCCUCCCCCGGGACCCCCGCCUCCCCCCAGCUUCAGUCAGGCGAGCGCGACUCCUCCCAAAGCCGGCGCCGGCCGAGGAGCGCUGCUGACGGACAUCUGCAAAGGAGCCAGGCUGAAGAAGGUCGGGGCCGCGGUCAACGACCGGAGCAGCCCCAUUAUUGAGAGAGGAGGAGGAGGAGGAGGAGGAGGAGGUGGUGGUGGUGGUGGAGGAGGAGGAGGGCCAAUGGGAAUGGGAAGCCUUUUCCAAGGAGGUGUGCCAAAAUUACGCUCGGUUGCAGAUGGUUCUGCUGGCGGUUCGGUGGGCAGGUCCGCCCUGCGGCCCCCGGGGUCUCGGGCCGCCGCCCCUCGCCCCCCAACAGGCCGCUCCUCCUCGCCCCCCUCGGCCCCCUCGGCCUCCUCGGCCAACAAGCCCUCUCCACCAGAGCACCAGCGCUCCCACCGCCCCUCGCUCCCCGACAUCUCGCGCCCCUCCCACAAUAGCGGCGGCUCCUCCACAGGCGGCGGGAUGAAGCACAGCACCUCCGCCCCGCCGCCUCCUCCACCCUUUAACAGAGGCGGCCGCAGCAACGCUCCGCCUACUCCCGGCCAGAAAGCACACGCUCCGCCUUCCUCAUCCUCCUCCCACAGCAGAGAGAAGCCCCUCCCACCGACGCCCAACAGAGGCCACACCCCUCCCGGCAAUGUGAAGCCGCCGCCGUCUUCCAGCAGGCCGCCGACGGGCGGCUCUUCUGCUCCUCCUCCGCCGUACAGGCCGCACUCGUCGGGCGGCAUCUCCAACGGGCCGUCCCACGUAGAUGGGGGCGGGGCUCCACAGCUGCCGCAGAGGCACAACUCCCUGCACAAAAAACACACGUCGGGAGGCGGCGGCCAAGGACGCAGCCACGCUCCUCCACCUCCCCGCUCGUCGUCUCCAACCCCCCAGCAGGCCGGCAGGCCGCCUCCACCCGCCAGGGAGCCGCCUGGACGCAGAUCAGCUCCCCAGGUGCCCCCCUCUGGAACUCGUAACGGCGGUCGGGACGCCCCUCCUCCCCCCCCUCCUCCGUACCGCGUCCCCAGCUCCGCGGCCUCGGAGGCCCACGGCCGAAUGGCCAAACCACAUCCACCCCCCUCCUCUUCCUCCUCCCUAUCAUCCUCAUCCCGAACCCCGGCCGGACCCCCUCCACCGCCGCCGCCCAUCCGGAACGGCCACUCCUCCAUCUCCUCCUCCAAGUCCAUCAUGGAUGAUUUUGAAUCCAAGUUUAACUUCCACCCGUUUGAGGACCUUCCACCUCCAGUGGAGUACCGGCAUUUCAACAAGGUCUACCCCAGCAAAACCAGCAAGGCAAUGAUGAGAGGAGCUCCUCCGGCACCGCCGGUGGGACGGUGAACGGACCUCAGCUCAGGACUUUAACAGUCGGUCGGAGAGAGAUGAAUCUAAUCACACAACACACACUAACACUCAAACCACCAGCUGGAAGCACGACGUAAACACCGCGACGCCUCAGGUUUGACUCGCCGGUCGCUUUCUGUCUUUUGCACAAGAGAACGAAGAAGAGAAGAAGAAGAAGAAGAAGAAACACUCGCGGUCAGAAGCCUCGACGUCGCAUCAGGACCAAACUCCCAAAACUGUGCAUUCCAUCUUCUUUUUUUUCUUUUUUAAAAUCCAUAAUCAUGAUUAAUUAUGGCGACUUUCAGAAUUCUGAAUAACGUUUUGAUUUUUAUUAUUUUUGGUGUCGGCAUUUUUUUUUUCUUUCUUUUCUUUGAUGUUUUCAGCUGACGGAUCCAGAGCAGAACUGAUGAUGCCGUGAGUGGGGGGGCGGGCGUAAUUAUGGCUUUUUGUUGUUUGUUUAUAUUUUGUCUUUAAAUAGCCAUUCCAGGAGUGCCAGGUGUGUGUGUGUGUGUGUGUGUGUGUGUGUCAGUGUGCCAAAAACUGGACUGAGUCAAAUGAACCUCACGUUUUCUAGACUAACGUAAUUGAGAUGUUCUCCGCGUUAUGACAGACGGCCAGUCGUUUAUUUGUUUAUUCUUUACACUUCCUGUUUUGAUACUUUCCUUUUUAUUCGGGGGGUGGUUUGUAUUUUCAUUUUCAGGCAGCGUUGCACGGAUGCUUAUUUAUGCGCACACACACACACACACACACACACACACACACACACUACGAGGCUUCAUCCCUAAUUUGUUCCCCGGUGUGUUCGACCAACUGUAGCUCACAUAUCACAUCUUCCUCCAAACACACAACACUUUAAGUUAUUACUUGUUUACUGGACCGUAAGACACGCGUGACUCUCCGAGUUUACGGGAUCGUUCCUCAGCGUCCUGUCCGGGGAACUCUGCUCCGACUGAGGACGGCGUGACGUUUGAGUGCUCCGCGAGAAGCCGUUCGUACCGAUUGUAGUUGGUAGCAGCUAACCCAAAAAAAUAUAUUAAAAAAAAUAAAGGACCACUUAAGUGCCACAGAACCGUUUGAGCAGAUGGAGGUUCUUUUACUUUUCUCCAAGCUUGACUUUAAAACACUAAUUAUGUCAUAUUCAAACUAGGAUGUGAUGCAGCGCCCCCUGCUGGUCUUUGCCUUACACUAAUCUGUUGUCACGCAUCGGUACACUUUUUUUUUUUUUUUUUUUUUUUUUUUUUUAGGGUGUAAAAGAUGACGACGACAAGGUAAAUAAGAAACAGGUUUAUUUGAAAAAAAAAAAAAUGCAAUACACAUUGUAUAUUUACAUUAAAGAAUAUGGUAAUCAUAGUUAUUGAUCUAUUUUUUAUGUUGUAAAAAGCUUGUAAUAUAGGAAAGAGAAAUGAUUAUAACGGCGUUCCCGUCGCUGAGCGGAUGUGAGGUUUUUAACCAACAUUAUUUUUUUUUUUGGGGGGGGGGGUGGAUCCCGUUUCUAUUAAAAAAUAAAUCCAUUUAUUCGGGUGCUGUAAUGCGGGUGGGCGGAGGGAUGUUUUGCUCACCUUGUCACACAGGUGACCCUCCUGUUCUCACUCUGUCCACUCGGAGCCGAACCCCCCUCUGCUCGUGUCAUGUUAAUCAACCAUGUUUUUUAUCAUUUGGAAUAAUUUCAAAUAAAUAUGGGGGGAAAAAGGGUACCGGA